ACUGCGACCGAGUAGUUAAAGCCCCUGCCUCUAAAACCUUACCUUUUCUUUUAUCAGUUAAACCCGGCGACUCCAAAGUCCGUCUUCUCAGUGGUUUGUCAUUUUAGCCAUGGAAGCUCUGCAAGGAGCUCCACAGAUUCCCCCUCCUCAGUUCGAACCAGACAUCGAGAAAAUCAAACGGAAGCUCAUCAACAAGUCCGUAAACCCAACACCCAAGAUCAUCCACACCCUCCGAAAGAAAGAAAUCCAAAAGCACAAUCGUAAACUGAAACGCCUACCCGACCGAGCACCAUACCCACCUCUCACGGAGUCCCAGGAACAGGCCCUCGACGAAGAAUUUCAUUUCCAAACGCUUAAACGCGAGUACAAGGACUUCAGCAAAGCCGUGAAAGCGAAAACUGGUGCUGCUGCUGGGAAUGGCGAUGGGGCUUCGAUGGUCGGGAUGCCAUGGCAGAAGCUGGAAAGAGUUGGAUUCAGAGAGCUGGCGAGCGCCAGCAAUGAGUAUCAGGGAGAGAAGCUGAAGAGGGAGGAGCUGAGGGACUUGAAGGAAAUGUUCGAGUCCCGAAAACGCGAGGAGUUGCAGUGGGUUUUAGACGAUGAUAUUGAGAUUAAAGAAGAGUGGUUUGAUGGUGAACAGAGGGCCUGGGACCCAUUGAAACGGAGGCGCAGCGAGGUCGAAACAAUUCGGUUUCUUGUCGAUAGGCUUAGUGGUUUGGAGCUUAGCAGAAGGGAUUGGAAGCUUUCGAGGAUGAUGAAAAAGUCGGGAUUGCAGUUUACAGAGAAGCAGAUGCUUAAUAUUGUUGAAGGGCUUGGUGCCAAGGGAUGUUGGCAGCAAGCAAUGUCUGUUGUUGAGUGGGUGUAUGAUGAUAGAGACAAGAGGCAAAAUAAAAGCAGGUUUGUUUACACGAAACUCUUAGCAAUUCUUGGGAAGGCAAGGAGGCCGAGGGAAGCUCUUGACAUUUUCAAUCUGAUGCGUAGAGAUUGCAGUAUAUAUCCUGACAUGGCUGCAUAUCGUAGUAUUGCUGUUACACUUGGUCAAGCUGGUCACUUGAAAGAAUUGGUGAACAUCAUCGAGUGCAUGAAACAGAAGCCUUCCAAAAGAACUAAAAAUAUAAUUCGCUACAAGAACUGGAACCCUGUCCUUGAACCUGAUUUGGUUGUAUAUAAUGCUGUAUUGAAUGCUUGUGUUCCAUCCCACCAAUGGAAGGGGGUAUCUUGGGUGUUUGACCAAUUAAGAAAGAGUGGUUUGAAACCUAACGCAGCUAGUUAUGGACUUGCUAUGGAGGUAAUGCUACAGUCUGGAAAGUUUGACCUUGUCCAUGAGUUUUUAAUAAAAAUGAAAAAAAGUGGGGAAGCUCCAACAGCUCUUACCUAUAGAGUUCUUGUCAGAGCUUUUUGGGGUGAAGGAAAAGUCAAUGAAGCUGUUGAAGCAGUCAGGGAUAUGGAACAGAGAGGAGUGGUCGGAACAAGCAGUGUAUAUUAUGAGCUAGCUUGCUGCCUUUGCUGCUUUGGGAGGUGGCAGGAUGCUAUGGUAGAGGUUGGAAAGAUGAAAAAACUAUCUAAUUCUAAACCUUUGGAGGUCACCUUCACUGGCAUGAUAGCUGCCUCUAUGGAUGGUGGACAUAUUGAUGAUUGCAUUUCUAUUUUUGAACACAUGAAAAACCAUUGUGCUCCUAACAUUGGGACCAUAAACACCAUGCUAAAAAUUUAUGGCCGUAAUGACAUGUUUUCUAAAGCUAAAAAGUUGUUUGAAGAAAUUAAGAAAGUUAACCCUGAUUCUUCCCACCCUUCCUUGGACGGUGAGCAUAAUUACCUCAUUCCUGAUGAGUACACAUACAGCUCGAUGCUUAAGGCAUCUGCUAGUGCUCUUCAAUGGGAUUACUUUGAGUGUGUGUACAAGGAGAUGACUCUCUCUGGGUAUCAACUAGAUCAAAGUAAACAUGCAUUACUACUUCCAGAAGCAUCCAGAGCUGGGAAGUGGCAUCUGUUAGAGCAUGCAUUUGAUACCACCUUGGAGGCUGGAGAAAUUCCCCAUCCUUCGUGGUUCACUGAAAUGGUUUUCCAGGUUAUAGCUCGGGAAGAUUAUGAGAGAGCCAUCACUCUGAUCAAUACCAUGGCUUAUUCCCCCUUUCAAGUUAGUGAAAAGCAGUGGAAGGAAUUGCUGGAGAAGAACAGAGACAGGAUCAGUAAAGACCAUCAAGAAAAACUAUUGGCCGCUAUGGAUAAUUGUGAUGUAGCAUCUGAAGCCACCGUUUUCUACUUAAAAAGAUCUUUACGCUUUCUCUGUGGAUCUGGAUCAUCAAGGGACUUAUCGAGCUCCAUUGGUUGUGGCAGUGGGCACAUGGAUGAUGCAUCGCUCUUGGAUGGUAAUGAUGAGGGAUUUGAUUUUGGAAGACAAGAUGUUCUGCUCCAGGAUUCUGAGCAGUUCAUUGAUGGAGACCCUGACUGCAGUGAGGAUCCAGUUAUGGACUGCGGUGAUGUUCCAUCUUGCACCAGCAGAGAUAUCACUGGAGUAGAGAUGGUCUCUGGAUCAUCAAAUAAUGAUAAUGACGAUGAUGGAGAAACAAACUCACACACUGGUGAAAUAGGUUUUGGUAAAGACAUGGCAUAUGGUGAAUUUAGUGAUCCUUUAGAUGAUAAGUUCUCAGCCUUUGAUCCCACUGAGGAAUCAAAAGAUGACAAUGUGAUAAUUGAAAGUCUGAUAAAUGGGGUUGAUCAUUCUUAUGAAUCUGACUUGCCCUCCGCAUAUGAAGUACUGGAAGCUUGGAAGGAAAGCAGAAGAAAGGGGGAUAGUCUUCCCAUUUCAACUUGGCCACAGAUAGUUAUUUUAUUUUAUUUUUUUGCCUUACGAAGGGGAUUUCAAACAUCAUUGCCAAUUUUAGCUUGUAAGGGAUUUCAAACAUCAUUGCCAACUUUAGCUUGUCUCUUUUCCAACUUUGUAUAGGGUACAAACCGCUUAAUGGAGCUAGCAAGGCAAUCUAGUCUGCAGAUGACCAAGGCAAGCAAAGUAAUUGUAGAUUGAGCUGUAUAUAUGAGAUUUUCCGAAUUUUGUCUGGAAAAUAGCUCCUUGUAUAAUUUUACUACUCUACUGGAAGAUUUUGAAGUUCUAUUGAAAUUUCUUGCUUAA